AUGACCGCCCACGCGGACCAGCCCGGCGUUCGCCGCCGCCGCCCCUCAUCCCCCGGCCCCUCUCCGGCUGGCGUCGCCAAGGCGGCCUCACCCGCGCUCCUGAUCCUCUGGGACGAGCUCGAGGAGUGGCGGCGCGACAACGCCUACAUCCUGGGCGGCUACCGGCGCACCAGCAACAGCUACCGCGCCUGCGCCGCCAGCCUGGCCUACCUGCACAACGAGUCGGUCAACAUCUGGUCGCACCUGCUGGGCGCCGUCGCGUUCUCGGCCGCGGGGCUCUGGCUGCUGCGGCGGGCUUCCGCCCCGGCCGUCGUCGUCGCCGCGGCCCACGCCGCCGCGACCGCCGCCGACGGGGCCGACGUGCUCGCCUUUGCGUGCUUCUUCGCCGGCGCCUUCCUGUGCCUCGGCAUGAGCGCCACGUUCCACGCCGUCAUCAACCACUCGCCCGGCGUGGCCAAGUGGGGCAACAAGCUCGACUACUCGGGCAUCGUCUGCCUCAUCGUCGGGAGCUACGUGCCCGCGCUGUACUACGGCUUCCGCUGCGACCCGGGCCUGAUGGGGAUAUAUCUGGCUGCUAUCUCGACCCUCGGGCUCGGCUGCAUGGUCGUGUCGUGGGUGGAUCACUUCCGCACGCCAGCCUGGCGCACGACGCGCGCCCUCAUGUUCGUCGGGCUCGGCGUCUCGGGCGUCGUCCCCAUCGUGCACGCCGUGACGGUCGACGGGUUUGCCGCCUUGGACGCGCGCAUGGGCCUGCGCUGGGUGCUGCUCCAGGGCGGCCUCUACAUAUUUGGCGCCUUCCUCUACGCCGCCCGCUGGCCCGAGCGCGCGUUCCCGGGCCGCUUCGACAUCUGGGGCAGCUCGCACCAGCUGUUCCACGUCUUUGUGCUGCUUGCUGCUGCCUCGCACCUGUACGGCAUGGCCAUUGCGUUCAACUACCGCCACGGCGUGGGGGCGAGCCAGUGCUGA